AUGACUGGAACGAAGGCUAAAGCGACAGAAUGCAGCUUCGCAAUUGCUCAUUGCAUAGCUGCCAAAGGCAAACCCUUUACAGAUGGAGAAUAUAUAAAGGAAAUUUUUAUAAAAAGUGCUGAAAAGUUGUUUAGCGAUUUACCUAACCAACAAACCAUAUUAUCCCGAAUUCAAGAAAUACCGGCUUCUGCGCGAACAAUUGAAAGAAGAAUAACUGAAAUGGCAGACAAUGUAACAACAAAACAGAAUGCUGGAUUACAAGAAGCUGUUUCAUUUAGUGUUGCUGUUGAUGAAAGUACCGACGUAAAUGAUAUUGCGCGACUUGCAGUAUUUGCACGGUAUUGUGAUAAAGAUCAAGUUUAUGAAGAAUUGUGUACUUUGAUUCCUCUGUCUGGGACAACUAAGGGGGAGGAUAUUCUUUCUUCAUUCAUAAGUUAUUUUGACAGCAAGAACAUUAAUGUCAAAAAAAUAUUUUCUGUAACUACUGACGGCGCAGCUGCAAUGAUUGGCAAAGAUAGAGGAUUUGUCAAACUUCUUGAAAAUCAUAUUGGACAUAAAAUAUUGAACUUCCAUUGUAUAAUACACCAGGAAAGUUUAGUUGCCAAAAUUUCAUCACAGCGCUUAAUUCCUGUAAUGAACACUGUUGUUAAAAUAGUUAAUUUUAUAGUGUCUCGCUCUUCACUAACACACAGACAAUUUAAAUCUCUUUUAGAAGAAAUGGAAAGUGAAUAUGUUGACCUUCCCUCAUACAGCCAUCGUUGGCUUAGUCGAGGCAAUGUCUUAAAUAAGUUUGUGUCAUGUCUGGAACCCAUCAAAGUUUUUCUUAACGAAAAGGAACAACAUUUCCCCGAAUUGAACGAUGAAGAAUGGUUAGGCAAAUUAAUGUUUCUGACCGAUGUAACAAAUCAUCUAAGUGAACUAAACUUGAAAUUGCAAGGAAAGCGCCAAACAGUGCUCGAAUUAUUUGAAUAUUGGACAGCAUUUGCGUCAAAAUUAAAUAUUUUUACGUGA